AUGAAAGGUUGCGAGUCAGAUGGCGAGGUCAGCGAGGCCGUCAGAGCGGUGUGCAGUGAGCGAGCCGUCAGCGAAUGGGCGAAAGCUCGAAGGCACGGCGAGGCUUGGGACAGGUUCUACAACUCGCGCUCGCUCUGGCUGGACUGGCGUGGCUCUGCUGGACUCUCAUUGUGCUGUCUGAGCUGGACUGACCGGCGAAACUCCCACUCGCUGCCGUCGUCCCGUCGUUCGCACACCUCGACUCGCCCCGCAUCCUUCGGUUUGCCCUCACAGCAGCACGAUGAUUCUGCAAUCACGCCUUGCGACUCCUUCGGUUCGCGCUGUGGCGCCCUUCCUCUCCGCCCGACCAGCACGGCAACUCGCACCACCCGCCUGCCUCCUCGCAUCCCGCAACUUCUCCCUCUCCUCGUCAACUCCGCCGCCCGUCGAGUCUGCUCCGUCCCCUUCAACACCAGACCUUUCAUCUCCCGCAAAGCCCGUCUUGAGCGACUUGUUCGCGCCCGACUCGCUUCCCGACCCGACGUUCUUCGAACCGCUCUCGGACGCCCUCCUCUCGAUCCCCUCGUCCCUCUCGCUCUCUUACCUCGCCUUCAUCCCCAUCGCCACCAUCCUCUACCGCGCCGCCCUCACUCUCCCCUUCAAUGUCUGGCAGCGGCGGCGGAUCGCGAGGUUUGCGAACGAUGUUCUGCCGCUCGUCAAGAAGGAGCAGGCGCGGAUCGCACUCGAGACGCGGUCAGACUGUCGGAGGGCGGGGAAGAGCUACGAGGAGUACUUGAAGGAGUUUCAGAAGCGGGCGAAGAAGGAGGCGUACGCGAUUGCACGGCGACACAACUGCUCGCCUCGCCUGACCGUCCUCGUCCCGCCGCUCGUCCACAUGCCCAUCCUCAUCACCGCGACCCUCGUCCUCCGCGACGCCUGCGACCGUGCCCAGUCCCUCCUCGCCGUCACGCCCGCCUCCCUCCCCUCGCUUCUCGACUUGGCGCCAGGCUCGACGCUGACCACGACGGCGCUGUCGAACCUGCACGACCUCGCCUCGACCUCGUUCCUCUGGGUCCCUUCGCUCGUCCUCCCCGACGUCACGAUGUACCUCCCGCUCGGCGUUGGCCUCCUCAUGCUCCUCAACAUCGAAGUGUCGAGCCAGAUCCGGCGGCAAACGCAAGAGGCGCGCGAGGCGAUCGAGAACCCGCUCGACGCGAUGGUCGCGCAGGCUGGGAAGCCCGUCAGUGCGGCGGAACGGAGGAGGAUGGUCGCGCGAGGAGCGAGGGAUGGCAAACCGAUGGUCGUGCGGGGAAUGGCGACUGUACCGUCUCGACCCGCACCGCCACCGCCGCCGCCGCCGCCUCAGGCCGUCGAGCGGAAGAAGCCGGACACGAACAAGAUCAUCUCGAAUGCGCUGCGCUUGGCCAGUCUCGCGUUCAUUACCAUCGCAGGGAUGGCUCCAGCGGCCGUCUGCAUCUACUGGAUGACCUCGAACGCGUUCACGCUUGUCCAGAACGCCGUCUUCCGCUGGAUCGACCGGGACGAGGAGAAGAAGCGGCGGAUGAAGCGGAUCAUGAGCGGCGAGGCGGUUGGGGUGUAGCGGGGCUAUGUUUCUGGGAAACGACGCGUUAA